CAUUCUGCAACUUUGUCAAUUUUUAAUGAACACGGCAACGUUGGUUACUGCUCCUUCAGUAUCAAUCAUUCCGUUUUCGUGUUUGGGUUUAUAUGUAUGUGGUGAUAAAAGUAUGGUUAGGUAAGAUAAGAUUGAAAAUUAAAGAGUUCUACUUGUAACUAUUUAGUUUCAACUUUGUUUUAUGAAUGCACAUGCACUACCAAUUAUUUUUACAAAUUGUUAUGCACAAAACACCAAAAAUGGCUCACCACCGCACAUCAGGAAUCAUCAAAAUGAUGAUUCAAAGUGAUGGAAGAUGAUGAUGAUUUCUUCGAUACAGUGUCUGUCAAUUCCACGACAGGAAAACGAAGAUUCAAUAGUAAAGAAUACCUCGGAUUAUCUAGAAAUACAGUGUAUCGUUCCAUUAUGGACUUUGAUGACGCCAAUGAAUUGGAAAUGGGAGAUUUGGAUCAGAAAAAGGUGCCAAAUAAAAGUAGAGUUGUUAACACGUAUGAACAGUGGAAAAAUAGGAGAUGGCGUUAUUUCUCAAGCUGUGACUUGAGCGUUGACUACGUUUUAGCCUACGAAGAUCAAGGCGAUACAAGAGAUGUUGAAAAAAGAACCAACUACGAACAUAAUUUGGAAUCCAACGGGUUGAUAUUAGAAAGGGAAGAAAAUCAAAGAAUACAUUUUGUUAAAAUUCACGUUCCUAAGGAUGUUAUCAUGAGAUACGCAGAGAUACUUAAAUUGCGGUUGCCAAUAAAAGACGAUGAAGAAUCUCCUCAAAUAAAAGAAAAUAUAGUUACGCAAACUGUGGUAAAAAUUUUAAAUAAAUGUAAAGUAUCAUUAGACCCGGAUAAGUUUCCUCCUAAAAAGUAUCAACUGACUGCAGAGUUUAAUAAAGACAAAGAUUAUUUAUUUGAUGUAGACGACCCAGAGUUCUUCAACAGUUCGGUGAAGAUAACAGUGAUUUCCUACAUUUUAGAAAGAGAGAGAUUUGGCAACGAAGAUCAGGAUAAGGGUAUUAAAAGACUGAUAGCUGAAAAUGUUUAUAAAGCUGCUUAUCCAUUACAUGAUGGUGAUCUACACGACAAAACUUCCACCAGGAAACUCCUCUUAGACGAAUGGGCGUCAGUCUCAAAAUGUAUAAAGUUCCAACCAUUAGAUGAAAUCAAAGAUUACUUUGGUGUGAAAUGCGCCAUAUAUUUCGCGUGGCUCGGAUUUUACACACACAUGUUGAUACCUGCUUCUAUAGUAGGCAUUUUGUGCCUUUUAUAUGGUGCUAUUACUUUACAUUCAGAUAUCCUUAGCAGAGAUAUUUGUAACGCCAAAAACAUCACCAUGUGUCCAAGAUGUGAUAAAUAUUGUGAUUAUUGGUAUAUACAAGAAAGCUGUAAUUAUUCAAAAAUUCAACAUAUUAUUGAUAAUAACGCAACUAUAUUUUUUGCUGUAUUCAUGUCAUUUUGGGGUACUUUCUACCUUGAAAUGUGGAAAAGGUAUAGUGCUGAAAUAGCCCACAGAUGGGGUUUGACAGGUUUCGAUUUACAGGCAGAACCCCCAAGACCUGAAUAUCUAUUAAAAUUAGCUAACGCAAAGAAGAAGAAACUCAACGUUAUAACUCAAUUACAAGAACCAGUGGUUCCUUUUUGGAGAGUCAAGUUGCCAUCACUUAUUAUAAGCUUUUCAGUUGCUUUUUGCUGGACUUUGAUAGCUCUAGCGGUUGUCGUUGCUGUUGUGGUAUACAGAAUGUCUUCUCUAACUUCUGGUUAUUUACAUAGUGGCAGUAGUUAUAAGAUCUAUGCGAUUCCAGUAACGGCGGGAUUGAUUAACUUGACUUGUAUACACAUUCUGAAUUUUUUGUAUGGACGAUUGGCCGAAACAUUAACAGAAUUGGAAUUACAGAGAACCCAGAAUGAAUUCGAUGAAAGUUUAGCUAUUAAAAUAUAUAUGUUUCAGUUUGUGAAUUUCUAUUCCUCCAUUUUCUACAUCGCUUUUAUAAAAGGAAAAUACGUUGGAUAUCCAGCAAAAUAUAAUAGAAUAUUGGGAUAUCGCCAGGAAGAGUGCAAUCCCGGAGGAUGUCUGAUGGAAUUAACAAUUCAACUAGCUAUCAUCAUGAUCGGUAAUCAAGCGAUUAAUGCAGUCAUGGAAAUGUCGGUUCCUGUUGCAAUGAAGAUGUAUAAAACAUUUAUUGUUACAACUGGUAUUGACAAAGCCGAUAAAGAAGAAACGGCGUUAAUUAGUUGUAAUCAAUGGACGGAAGAUUAUAAACUAUCGGAAAUUGAGAGUAAAAGUUUAUAUUCGGAAUAUUUAGAAAUGGUACUACAAUAUGGUUUCGUGACGAUCUUUGUCACAGCAUUUCCCCUUGCUCCACUGUUCGCACUCAUAAAUAACAUAUUGGAAAUGCGAUUAGAUGCUAAGAAGUUUUUGAAAUAUUACAGAAGACCUGUACCUCAAAGAGUAAAAAAUAUUGGAGUUUGGUAUUCCAUUUUGGCAUUCGUUGGUAGAUUAGCAGUGGUUUCUAAUGCGUUCAUAAUUGCUUUCUCAUCUCAUUUUAUUCCUAAACUCGUUUAUAAGUUGAAAUAUUCUCAUAAUUUUACGGAAGAAGGAUACAUGGAACAUAGCUUAGCUUUCUUCAAUACUUCACAUUUUGCGCCUAAUACAGCGCCGAUUCAUUCCCAGAUAAAUGCUACAGUUUGUAGAUACCCCGAAUACCGAAAUCAUUACUCUAUGGAUGAUCACACUAGAUAUAAACGCCCGCUUAUUUAUUGGCAUAUACUUGCAGCACGAUUAGCAUUUGUAGUGGUUUACCAAAAUUUAGUAAGUUUUGUGAUGACUGCAGUGGAAUGGAUGAUACCAGAUGUCAGCAGGAAACUAAAUGAUAGAAUAAAACGUGAAGCUUAUAGAACUAAUGAAAUUAUUAUUCAUAAUGAAACCAGGAGAGCACGAGAACGAAAAGCUUCGUCUUCUGAUAGUCAAAAUUUACCACAAACUAAUUUUGAUGCUGCAACAGGCCUUGCACAUGUUGAUCUAAAACCUCACGUUGUUUAAUUGUCAGGUAUCUUUGGAAAUCUCAUUUGUGAGAAAAAAACGAGAGUCAAUGAUGUCAACAUCAACAAUUUACUUCGACGCAAUUAACGGAGAUGUUGGUUCGGAAGGUGAUCAAGCAAGAAGUACAAAAUAUUAUGACAUUUAAUUUACAUAUUGUGAUUUUCGUAUAAAAAGUGUCCUUGCAACUUGCCUUAUUUCAAUGGAUACCUAGUCAAAUGUUAUAAUAAAUUAUAACUUGGUUCAUAGGAUUUUGAAAGUCCUAUUUAGCAAAAUAUAAUUAAUAUAUUAUAGUAAAUGUUAGUUAUGUUCGAUUAAAAUGUACUAAUUAUCUUUAUGACGUUAUAGAAUUUAUUCUAAUAGUGAACUAAAAAUGUUUGCAGCAAUAACUUCAUUUAAAAGCCAAUAUUCCCGAAAAUGUGUUCAUAUUAUUUAUAAUUUAUAAAUUGUAUAUUUUUACAUCAAUUGUUAGGAAAUAGAAAGUGUACCAAACAAGUCGUCACAUACAGGGUUAGUGAACUGAUACAUUCAUAUAAACUAUCAGAGUUUGUACAUUGUCGAGUAUUCGGACAAAUAAAGCAUUUUUUAAUUCUGUUAUUUUACAUAAUAUAAUAUAAACUUAAACAAACGUAAACUUUUUCCAUUUGUUGAGUGUACACAUAUAUUCUUCAUACAUUUGAAAAAAAUUUCUUCAUUUUUUAUUUUUGGCUUUUGCACAAUAUUUUUGUGUGCUCACAUCAAUCACUUUCUUCAUAUUCUACUACUUUAUAAUGAUAAUAAUUCAUAGUUGAACAACUUUGUUGUUUUUUUAAAGUAGGUAUUAUUUUGCAUAUAAAGAGCAAAUUAUAGUGUUUUCUACAAGGUGUAUACUUGUCAAAAAUCUGUUCAAAGAAGUUUGGGCUUGCGAUUUUUCUUGAAAAUUAAUUUCUUUAUUAUAAAUUUUACUGACAGUAGAAUAUUACAUUAUAUUAAAUUUUGAACUAAUUAUAUUUUGACGCAUUUAUUCAAAUUUCCUUUUUCUAUACACCCUUAUAUCCUGUGGCGUUUUACAUUAUUAAUCCUAUAAUGAUUUUGUUUUAAUAAUUGUUCUGUACACUUUUUAUUUUAAUUGUCUAGAUGUUUCAAAUCAUCACAUUUUAAUUUAAAAUAUUUGUUAAUAUAGCUGUUGAUGUUAUAUGAAAGUUUAUCGCAAAUGCUUGAGAGUUACAAUAAUUUUAAUUGUUAUCGAAUAAAAUGAUCGAAUACUGAAUAUCUACUCACAACAGAAUGGACCAGUUCGAUAAUUUUUGAAACUAAAAAAAUAAUAGUAGGAUGAAAUCCAUUUGGAAAAGGAGGAGACUAUAAUAACAAUAAAAGGAAAUAUAAUUUACGGCAGAUCGGGCGAGUUUUUAAGGGUAAAAAAUGGUUUAUGUUUAUUUCCAGAAAAACUACAAGUCCUAUAAAAAAAGCCAAAUGGCAAAGUUGUAGAUAAUGAAAAAAAUCUACAACUUUUGCAUUCAAACAUUUUUCGCAUAAUUUCAAAAUUCAUGAAAUGUAAUAUUAUAAAAUUUUUGUCUUCUAUUUUCAUCUUUUUAUCUAAAUAAGCUGAUUUUUUAACAGGAGAAUUUUCGAUUGAAAAUUAGUAGAUUCCUUCGAUAUUAAGUCAAAAUAAGGUGGAAAAAAUUUCAAAUCAAAUAUAUUAAAUUGUCUUUGGAUCAAAAAAGGUAAUAUUUCACCAAAUUUCGUAGAAAAAAAUUGUAGAUACAAGUGUAGAUACAAAAGUUUUUAUUACCUUCAAUUUUGCUAUUCAACUUUUUUUCAUAGGACUCGAGAUAAACCGCUUUUCACUCUUAAAAACUCACGAACCUCCCUUUCUCGACCUCCGUUCUCCUGUAAAUUAUUUUUCCUUUUAUUUUUAUUAUAUUCUCCUAUUUCAUCCUACUAUUAUUUUUUCUCACUUUUCAUAAUUUUGAAAGGCUUCUACCCUGGUCAAGAAACCGAUUUGAUUACUAAUUGCUCCUUUCUAUUAAGAUAUUUAUAAUGUGUUUUUCCGAUUUACAUUAAAAUGAAAUUGACCUGCUAAGGAGUUUUAAGUAGAUUUGGUGAGAAUAAGUAUAACAGCGAGAUGUACAAAAUUUGUGGAGGAGGGAGGAUAUUAAGAACGUAUAGGAAUCAGACAUUAGCAGUUUGAAAUUGUUGCCAAAUUUCUUGUUUUAAUAGAAUUUAUUCGCCAAUUGAUUCAAUAGGCUGACAGAAAUCACAGUUGAUAUUUAGCAUAAAUAGUAAAAUAUAUUUUAUCUUCACUUACUAGAAUUGAUAAAUGAACGUGGCAACUCAGUAAGUAAAGUAUUUUAAAGCCAAACUCAAUAUCAAUUAGUUAAUUACCCCUUGUUAUUUUCUACAUUAUUUAUUUAGUUGAACUGAAAAAAUAUAAUUUAUACAAAAUAUGUUUGAACAUAUUUUAUACGAUAACAAUGAAGAUAAUAAGAUUGAAAUAUUUUAUUAAGAAAAAUUUCUGAACGCUCAAAUUAUGUAUAUUUUUACUACAAAUAGCUUUUUGAUUUGUUUUCCAAAUAUGAUAAUUAGGUCACCUUUUCAUUUAGAUGUGAAAUAAUUGUGACUUUCUAAAAAGAGAUUAACCAGAAAAAUGGAAGUAAAUAGUAAUUACCUUGUGUACUUAAUGAGUAUAUUGUAAUAGUCAUCAUUCAAAAUGUAAGGAUAAGUAAUAAUUUUCGUUUGAUUAUACAAUAUAUUAAUUAAAUAGAAAACAUUGUUAAACAUUGCAUCAUCAUUGUAUCCGUUUGAUACAAACAGUUAUCAUUUUCUGAUUCAUCUCCACUUCAACUAAUAAUUUUUUAUACUAUGAUCACACUCUCUUUUGACUUGAAAUAUUUUUCUAUUUUAUUCAGUUUUGACUUUUUCGACUCCCUUACAAGAAAUGUUCCAAAAAAUGUUCAUAAAGUUCAUUAUCAAUUUUACUGACAGUAGAAUAUUACAUCGUAAUAAAUUUCAAUCCAAUUAUAUUUUGACACAUAUAAUCAAAUUCUCCCUUUUCACACGCCCUUAUAACUUAUUGCGUUUUGCCUCCAUAAUAAUCUCUAAAUUGAAUCAUAAAAUCAUGGUGUUAUACAAAUUGUUCUGUACACUUUUUAUUUUAAUUGUCAAAAUAUUUCAAAUCAUCACAAGAAAUGUUUAAAAAAAAAUGUUUAUAAAGAAUUACCUGUCGAAAAAUUCACUCUUCUGGCUUUUACAUAUUCUUUAAGACAGUCCAAGCUAAUUAAUAAUAAAAUAGUUUAAUAAAACUAGAUUUAUUAAAUUUCAUUUAAUUUUAUAAAUCAGGCCUUGACAUAUAUCAAUUCCUUUGUCAACCAUUGUUGCAUUACUCAGUUUCUCGAACCACUUGUGGGCGUUUUAUCUUUCUGCGUGUUGUGAUAAGGACCGGUACCUAUUACAAUCGCUCUAAUUGUGGUUACCCAAAGUUAUUUUUUAUAAUUUACAAAGUUCAGGUCAUGAUAAUCUCCUGUUCUACUUUGAGAUGUCCAUAGGAAAUAAAAUUAAUCGACAAAUCUGCCUAUAUAUCGAUCUUAUUCUGUUUUCUUGAAAUAAUUUGAUCUCCCAUUAAAAGUUUUCUAUUUUUGACUAAUGUAUCAAUAAAAUUCCAACACUGAAUUUAUUUUCUCUUUCGUGGUACUGAUAUUGUUCUGUACUUUGAAUUAAAUUGAUUUUGUUGAUAGUAACAUGCACAUUGACAAUUUUUCGACACCUUGAUCGAUUUCUAAUUCCCCCGAUUAUAAGUCAGCUUCAGUUGCACGUCUUGUCUAUUUUUUAUUACUUGAUGAGCAAACUACUGAUACAAAAACAUAAAAAUACACUCAUACAAAAAAUAAUUUCCAACUAUUAAAAUUAACAAUGUAUUAACAACACAUGUUUUAUCAAAAAUUUACGGGAUAUAAAUGUAAGGUAAUGAUGAAAUUUUUGGGGGUAGAAUAAGAAUUUAUAAAAUUUAAUAACUGAAACUUAUAAAGUGGAGCUUUGAUAAAUGAUAUUAAGUAGAUGUGAUAUAUUUAUCUAUUUAUGCAGUAACUCGUUCUUGUACUUUUUUGGCUCAGUCAUCAAUGUUUCACGUCUACUACACUACACAAUAAACAAUUUAGAAUGUUUAUGUUCCUCACUCUAACUCCCUUUUUUCCCUUGACAACGCCGCACUACUUUCGUUUUAAACAAUUACUAAUUACAAUGAUGGAGAUUAAUAAUUGAGCUCAGUCUUCACUAUUCCUACACCGAUCUCGCAGUUGUAUUUAUUCUAAUAUAUAAUUUAACAUUCAUUUAUUUAAAUUUUGAAUAAUAUAUUACUUAUGGAUCUGAUGUAUAUUAAAAUGUAAUAUUAUAUAAGAGAUACGAAUUAUGUAUGUUAUUUAAUACUUAUUUAUAUAUAGAAUAUGACAGAUAAAUAAUUUUUUCUGUGAUAUUCUGUACAGUGUUUUACUAUACCAACAUUCAUUACUAUUAUUUAUUGUUUUAAAAAAAGGGAACAACAUUAUUAUAAUCAUAAGAAGUUAGUUUCAGAAAAAAAAUUCACUGUUCAUUGUUCACAUACUAUUAAUUGAAUAUAGUGUACUUAAUCAUUUAUUAAUAGUUUUUAUACAGUUUUAAAAUUUUAAUAAAUGUUUUGUUUAUCCUA